AUGGAAGAAAUUCUAGCCAGGCACAAGAAGGAACAGCGAGAUCUCGUGAGCCGGAUCACGGGGCUCAAGAAGCAAGCCACCAAGAAAACUAGAAAGCACGUGCUCGCCCAGUGUGAAGAGCUCCAACGAGAACUCGACCUUAAACACAAAAAAGAGCUUAAUGAAGCAAACGGGGUAAAUCAUGAGGAAGCUGAAAGCGCAGAAAAUGGCGAAGAAGUCUCUCCUGAAGCUCUUUUGAAGGCUAUGAACUUGGACGAAGGCGGAGAUGAGAAAAAAAAUGAAUCUGGGGAGCCAAGAGAUAUUAAAGCAUCAGAAGAAUCCUCAAGUCCGGCUCCUCGAAAACGAAACCGUGCAAAGGAAAGACUCCAACGAAGACAGGCGCAAUUGGACAAGAUCAGAGACUCUGCGCUUGAAGAAGCAGCAGGGGAAACUGAUUAUAGAGCUAUGGAACACGAAGUCAUGAGCAAGGUUUUGGCAGCCAAUGGGCUCAAAAUCGAGGAGAUAAAGCCUGACGGACACUGUCUUUUUGCGUCCAUUCAAGAUCAAUUGAAGGAAAGGGGUGGAGUCUCGGUUACCGUGGAAACGCUACGAAGAGAAGCGGCCGAAUACAUUCGCCAGCAUCGGGACGAGUUUCUCCCAUUUUUGUUCGACGAGGAGACGAUGCAGUUACGAGACGUGGACGAGUACACAAAUGAAAUUGAAACGACGGCAAUGUGGGGCAGCGACAUGGAAAUUCUUGCCCUUGCCAAGCGGUACAUGGUCACGGUGAAGGUUUUCAGUGCUGGCAGCGCUCCAAUAACAUUUAAUGAGGAGGUGCAGGUGGGGAGAGGUGAACAAGACGGGGAGAAUGAAGUGAGUAAGGUGGCUGGGAAGACGUUGAACUUGGCAUUUUACAAACACAACUAUGGUUUGGGUGAGCACUACGAUUCGUGUCGAGAUGAACAAAAUCCGACGGACUCGAGUUGA